AUGUUCCUUCCAGUGAUUGACAUUGCGCCACUGUACCACGACAACAAGGCAGACUUGUUGCGCGUUGCACACGCGAUCGACGAGGCAUGUCGCACUUGUGGCUUUUUCUACAUCACCGGGCACAACCUCCCGAAGGGCCGCAUGGAGAAAGUGACGGAGAUGGCAGAAAAGUUCUUUGCUCUUCCACAUCAAGAGAAGCUUCGGAUUAACCUUGAGAAGUCGCCGAACCACCGCGGCUACGGCACGUACGCUGCAGAGCAACUCGACCCUAGUAAGCCUGGCGACUGGAAAGAGACUUUCGACAUGGGCUUCCACCUGCCGCCGGACCACCCUUCUGUUGUUGCCGGCAAGCCGCUGCGUGGCCCCAACAACCACCCCACCUGGAUUGAGGGCUGGACCGAUCUGAUGGAGCAGCACUACAGCGAUAUGCAGCGCCUUUCUCUGCUGCUGCUGCGUGCGUUGGCACUGGCACUCGACAUCGACGAGGGCUUCUUUGUCUCGAAGUUUCACGAGCCGCUGAGCGUGUUCCGCAUGAUCCACUACCCUGCACUGCCGGACGAGAAGGGCCGCGUUGUGUGUGGUGAACACACAGACUAUGGCAUCGUGACGCUGCUGUACCAGGACAAGGCUGGCGGCCUGCAGGUGAAGAACGCGCAGGGCGAGUGGGUGGACGCCCCGCCAGUCGAGGGCAGCUAUGUGGUGAACAUCGGCGACAUGAUGGCGAUGUGGAGCAACGGGCGGUACAAGAGCACGCCGCACCGCGUGCUAAGCCCCGGCGUGGACCGCAUCUCAAUGCCGUUCUUCUGCGAGCCAAAUCCCGAGACAACGAUCUCGUGCCUGCCGAACUGCUUCGAUGAGGCGAACCCUGCAAAAUAUCCGGACAUAAAGGCUGGUGACUGGUUGCUGAUGCGCUUCAAGCAGACGUAUGCGUACCGCGCCGAUGACGUGAGACCGUAG